GUCUUCCUUAACCAAUCAAAAGUUAGCACCCGCCCCACCGUGCUUCAACUGCGCUCCUAUUGGAGGAUAAACAACAAGGAACUAUUUUCAAAAUCAGGUUUACAGCUGUCAACAGCUGCGGAUAUGCCUGGAUUCAGGGGCCUCGGCGGUGCCUUUCUGCGGCGGAGGAAGAGAAAUGGCAGCAGUCGACGCUGGGCCAUAAAGAGCAAGAAGCCACCUCGGACUCCUGCCAUACCAACGGUCCCUGUUCCAGACAACAAAACAAAGGUGGACACUACGGAGGAGACGAGUGUUCAAACCACUAAACAGCUGUCUUCAACACUAAGUAUUGGAGCUCUGUUUUCUGCAUUUGGAAGUGUUGUGCAAAAAUGCGGAAAGACAAUUAUUCAAAUCUGUUUAGGACUCCUGAAUUUCUUCUUUUUCUGGAGAGGCUAUUCAGAAAGAGUGGAGUCCCUUCACCAAAAAGUAGAGGUGCUGCAAAAGGAAAUAGCACUAUUGCAUUCCACUUUGAAGCUGUAUCAAGAAGCCAAGACUGCAGGCGGUCAGUGUGAAAUGCCUGAUGGUGUUCAGCACUCUACACCUCCACCUGUCUCCCUUCCACCUCCACCACCACCACCCCCUCCUCCCCCUCCUCCUCUUCCUCCUCCUCAAAUUCUGUUGACACUUGCUGCUCCGAAAGUGGCCUCAGUUCCCCUAAAAACUGCCCAAACUACCUCUGUGAAGAAGCAGAAUGGCCCUGUUGCUUUGACUCUUCGAGAUCUUCAAGGAGUACGACUAAGAAAAGUGACUUUAGGCCAAAAAACUCAGGUAUCUCCAGAGAGAAGAAGAACACCACUGGUCACACUCGCAGACUUGCAGAAAGUCUGUUUGCGACGCUCUAAUUCUGACCUCCCCUUAAAGUCUAGAUCGAGCCUUGGCAGGACACCAACCAAAAAUCCCAUGAAUCUUCGGGUACAGCUUCGAAAAGUCAACUUAAUGAGGAGUCCUGGUGGCACACCGCUGUUUAACAAAGAGAAUGAUGUGAUGGAUUCAAGCCUGGAUCCAAGCAUGAGCAGAGGGUUAGGAAACAAGUACCUGAGUGCUUUAACAAAAGAACUAUCACCACUCAAGACUGUCUAAACAAAGAAAAUUACUGUUUGUUAUUGCACAUUGUGCUUUGCAUGGCCAAUCUUAUUUUUAUAUGUAUAUUGUCAUGGUGCUAAUAGCUUUGGCUUUCAUACUAUUAUGUUACUAUAGUAACUAUUUUAGUGAAAGGACUGUGUUUUAUGUUACUUGCUGCUUUGUUAUUUUAUAUACAUGUUUCUUUUGAAUUGUGCUUCUUGUUCCUUUUAUAUCAGAUCCCCCUUUUUAAGAAAUGCAUGAAAAUUAAAUGCACAUCAGCAUGUGGUUAAUAUGGUUAACUGUAUAAUUACUAGAACUACAUAACUGAAUGUGCAGUCACUGUGUCACUGUUACUGAAUAUGACUGUGGAAUGUGCAAACUAACUCGGCUGUAAAAUCUAGUACCUGAUACUGUUAUGAAGUCUGUACAGGGGUGAGACAAGUCAGUUAUUGAUCUAUAAAUUUAAUAAGCCAUUGAUAGCUUAGGUGUGUGGUAAAAUGUGGAGCACAGAUAAUAACUAGUCCUGUUAUUGUGAUACUCAGGAUGUGUUUUAUUAACAUGUUUUACUGUACUGUUUUAUUUUAAGGGUCUUUUGCAAUAUUUGUCUAAAGCCACUAUUUGUAUGUAAAAAAUUGCAAUGAAUAACAAACUUUUAAUAAAUAUUGGAUCUACAGAAA